AUGAAGACAUUUGUCGUAUCUUUAUUCCUUCCUUACACGGUCCAUUUUGAAAUCGGUACUCCGUUGCUGACCGACAUCGAUGAGGCCAUCUUAGACACCACCCCACCUGGUAGCAGCAGUUCCAACCCCAUCAACAUCGUUGGUGACAAUGCAAUGCUCAACAAACGACGCAAUUCCCUGCUCCUCGUUGCGGCCCACGCCAGCCCUCCGGCAUCGACAUCUCCCAUCACCAGUGGGUUCAACAACGAUACCAAUAAUAACAAUCCCCAUCAAGCCACCACCGCCACCAACAGUUGCAAUGGCAAUGGAAACAGUGUCAACCCUUCAGAUGAGGAAUUCUUUUAUAAGAACCCAUUGACUUCGGCGUCGAGUAGUCUUCUGGCAAUGGCCCCACUUGGGGAAACCGAGCUCGAAGCAGUGAACCAGCCAAACAAAUCGUAUAUCUUACGCAAGAACCAAUCAUUCUCGUACAUUCAACCCCGGUCUCGAGCAGAUAUUCUGGCCAGUAUUGAAGCCAAUGGUAGUGGUCGUUCUUGCAGUAGCGCCACAGCAUCGCCAUCUCCAGCAAUCAUUCUUCCUAAAAGAACCACUCCGGUCAACAAUAUGUUGCGGAGAAAAUCCAUCCGUAGUGGGUCAUUACACUCAUCGUCCUCUAAUGUCACUAUCCUGAGACACCUCACUGGCCUUCGGCUCGAGGAAGAGGAAAACGAUGACAAAAACUCCGACACUUUAGUGCCUUAUGGAGGGUUCUCUAACCCCAAUAUCGGGCAAAGCAUUCUACAUAAUGAAAGUAUCUUUGAACAUGCUCCUUGGACCAUCACCCCCUACGUGAAAGGUAAUGGCGGAUUAAGAAAUGCCGUUAAUUUCUCGCUCGAGGAUGGUAAUACCAUUGAAAAUGUACAAUGGGUGGGGACGGUAGGUAUGGCCACCGACGAAUUAUCGGAUAAGCUUAAACUGGAGAUUCAAACGAAACUCGCCAGCGACCAUGAUUGUCUCGCGGUAUUUGCCGACGAUUUCACUUUCCAGGGACACUAUCGGAAUUAUUGUAAAGAGAUUUUGUGGCCGACUUUACACUACCAAGUCCCAGAUAAUCCGAAAUCCAAAGCGUUUGAAGACCAUUCAUGGGAAUAUUACAAGAAAUUGAACGAGUUUUUUGCUGAUAAGAUUGCCGCGGCGUACGAACCCGACGACGUGAUUUGGGUCCAUGAUUAUCAUUUAUUGUUGCUUCCCCAAAUGUUGAGAGAACGGUUGGGACCUAAAGUGAAGUGCGGAUUAUUCUUACACGCGGCAUUCCCAUCAUCAGAAGUGUUUCGAUGCUUGGCCCAGAGAAAACCAUUGUUGUUAGGGAUGAUCGGGGCCAAUUCCGUGGGGUUCCAAAUCCCAGAGUAUUGUCGUCACUUUAUGCAAACUUGUAACCGGAUCUUAUUGGCCGAUGUCAACAAUGAUGGGUUGCUAUAUCAAGGACGGUACAUUGGCGUGUAUUCCAACCCUAUUGGGAUCGACGCCAAAAAAUUGGCCAAACAGAUUGACGAUCCAACCGUGGGGCAAUUGAAACAGAUGAUCCAGGAAAGAUGGGCCGGGAGACAAUUGAUUGUCAAUAGAGAUAAAUUGGAUCGUCUUAGAGGGGUCAAACAGAAAUUGCUUGCCUACGAGAUUUUCUUGAAGAAAUAUCCCGAUUACGUCAACAAAGUGUCGUUUAUUCAAAUCUGUUUGAAAUCUAAUAAUUACGACACCGAUUUGGAGUACGAGAUCAUGACGAUUGUCGAACGGAUCAAUAGUAUGAGUACUGAUUUCACAGUAUCGCAACCGGUGGUGUUCUUACAUCAGGAUAUUGAUUUCCAACAAUACUUGGCGUUGAUUAGCGUUGCCGAUACUUUUAUUGUAUCGACAAUGCGUGAAGGAAUGAACUUGACGUGCCAUGAAUUUAUCGUGGCCACCGAAGAGAAAAAAUCUCCGUUGAUCUUAUCAGAAUUCACCGGAUCAGCCCACCUUUUCCAACAAGGGGCGUUAUUGAUCAAUCCAUGGAAUUUGAACCAAAUUGCCAAUGAAAUCCACCAAGCAUUGACGAUGUCGUUGGAAGAAAAAACCAAUAGAUGGAACAAUUUGUACAAGGUGUUGACUAAUAAGAAUUGUUACAAAUGGGUGAGCAAUUCGUUGACCGAGAUCCAACAUGCGUGGGAUAAGCAACAAGAACGCAGUAAUACCAAAUCACUCAAUCUUAAUAAUAGCCGAUUCAUUGGAGUGUAUCAUGAGUCCAAGGCCAAAGAAACCAGAAACACAAAGCGGUUGUUUGUGUUGGAUUUUGAUGCCUACGACACUAGGACCGCGAAAUUAGUGUCGUCUAACAAUCGGAAAUUGUCGGUAUUGUCGGAACUCGCCAACGAUCCUAAUAAUUUGGUAUUUGUCAUGAGUUACAUGAAGAAAUCCGAUUUGGAUGUGAUGUACGGUCGGAUCCCCAAUAUUGGAUUGAUUGGCGAAAAUGGCGGAUACAUUAAACUUCCACAUAAUGACAGUUGGAUUUGUUUAUUACAAGACCAAGAAUUGAUUUGGAUGGAACCAGCGGUCGAUGUGAUCAAAUCGAUGGUGGAAAGAUUACCUAGUUCGUACAUGGAGUUAUUAGAAGCCACCAUCCGCAUGCAUUGUGAAAGUUGUGACGAUCCAGAACGGUCAGCCCUGACCAUUAGUGAUUGUGUCACCCACAUCAACGAGAUGUUUGGCGAUGAAGGAGUCCACGCCACCGCGAUCAACGAUAUGGUGGUGAUUCAACAGAUUAACUUGCCGAUCAAAGCGUUGUCGAUGAUUUUGAAUUACUAUAGCAAAGGCCGGAUAGAAACUUUAGCACACCCACCAUCGGUGUCCAAACAACACAUGGAUUUAUCGAUUUAUAUCUCUAGCUCUAACCCGAAUACCGAAUCAGCGUUUGAUUUCUGGAGCACGGUAUCGAAGGAGAAAAUCGUGGAUAAUGUAUUCACGGUCGCCGCUGGACAGUGUGGAGAUACCGGGGCGAUGUCGCAGGUAGCCGGGAUGAACGAACUUUUGACGAUCUUGUCGAGUAUAUUGAGUUGA